CUGGGGGCGGUGUAGACCAUGGCGCUGCCUCACGGACUCACGCUAACACGAAGAAGAAGCAGAAGGAGCUAGCCCGUGCAGCUAACAGUUCGUCAGUAAAUAAACAGAAAGAUUCACAGUAAGAAACCGAACUUUUGAUUCACAUGAAAAUAUGAAGAAGCUUGAACGACGCGGAUCCUCGACGCGGAGCCACGAGCUCAAAUCUCCGUUUAGAGAUCAACAACCAGGCGAAUAACCUCGGAGGCUCGGACAUGUCAGCUGAUACCAAGAUCGCCGAGCUGCUGACGGAGCUCCAUCAGCUCAUCAAACAGACGCAGGAGGAAAGAUCCCGGAGUGAACACAAUCUGCUCAACAUUCAAAAGACACAUGAGAGGAUGCAGACUGAAAACAAAACUUCUCCGUACUACAGGACCAAGCUGAGGGGACUGUACACCACAGCUAAAGCAGAUGCCGAGGCCGAGUGCAGCAUCCUGCGUCACGCUCUUGAUAAAAUCGCAGAAAUCAAGUCGUUGUUGGAGGAGAGGAGGAUAGCUGCUAAGAUGGCCGGCGUUUACAGUGACAGCGACCCGCCCAGGAAGACGAUGAGGCGCGGGGUCCUGAUGACGCUCCUCCAGCAGUCGGCCAUGACGCUCCCUCUGUGGAUCGGAAAGCCCGGAGAGAGCCCCCCCCCUCUGUGCGGGGCGACGCCUGCCAGCAGCGACUACGUGGCCAAACAGGGCGACAAAGUGGCAGCGAGGGUGAAAGCCGUGGACGGAGACGAGCAGUGGAUCCUGGCUGAGGUGGUCAGCUACAACCACUCCACCAACAAAUACGAAGUGGACGACAUUGAUGAAGAAGGAAAAGAGAGACACACUCUGAGCAGACGGCGGAUCAUCCCUCUGCCUCAGUGGAAGGCAAACCCAGAGACAGACCCUGAGGCCCUGUUCAGCAAAGACCAGCUGGUGUUGGCCCUCUACCCCCAGACCACCUGCUUCUACCGGGCCCUCAUCCACACCCCCCCACACAGGCCUCAGGACGACUACUCUGUGCUGUUCGAGGACACGUCGUACGCUGACGGUUACUCACCUCCUCUGAACGUGGCUCAGCGAUACGUGGUCGCCUGCAAAGAGAACAAGAAGAAGUGACGGGUUUCUGGAUCUGAAGAGCUGAAGCAUGAACGCACCGACGAAGCCUGUGUGAUUGUUUAGUUUGAAACUUUUUCAGUUUUUAUAAGAGAUGAUGUUCAGGAGCAGGUUCUGGAUGAUUAGUCAAGAAGCAAAUAAAAAACGUUUGAAGCUGAAGUGGGAGACGUUCGUUAGUCGAGUGAAAACAUCCCAGAACAGACAUUUUACAAUGAGGCUGUAGCUGUUUUCAGACCUGCAGGUCAAAUCCAGAGAAUCGUCUCCAGAGCUUCUCCAGAGUUUGUGUUUCACAGCUGAACAACUCAGAAGCAGGUUUUCUGCACAGACUCGUUCACAGCAUCAGA